AUGAAUGUAGUUGUUCUGACCGCUGCGGUGGACUAUGUAGCAGAGUACGAAAGCCCUACGUACUUCAUCCCUCAGCCCAACAACUUAACCUACCGGGCGCGAUCGACUGCCAUUCUGACCUGUACUGUCAAGAACUUAGGAAAGAAAUUCAUUGUUUGGCGCAAGACGGCCGAGCCGCACCCUAUAUCAGUAGGGAACAUGAUGUAUGCACCAGAUACACGAUACGAAGUGGCUUUUGCACCUGACCGACGGGAGUUCAAUUUGGUAAUACGAGCGGUGUCUCAAAAUGACGCGGGUGUAUACGAAUGUCAGGUCAGCUCAAGGGAUAAACUCGUAAGGCACGUAUUGCUGCGGAUAGAAGUUGUUUUGCUGACCGCUGCGGUGGACUAUGUAGCUGAUUACGACGGUCCUACGUACUUCAUCCCUCAGCCCAACAACGUCACCUACCAAGCCGGAGCAACUGCCACCUUAACCUGCUCUGUCGAAAACUUAGGAAAGAAAUUCAUUGUUUGGCGAAAGACGGCCGAGCCGCAUCCGAUAUCAGUAGGGAACAUGAUAUAUGCACCAGAUACACGAUACGAAGUGGCAUUCGCGCCUGAGCGACGGGAGUUCAAUUUGGGGAUACGAGCGGUGACUCAAAAUGACGCGGGUGUAUACGAAUGUCAAGUCAGCUCAAGAGAUAAACUCGUAAGGCACAUAAUGCUGCGGAUAGAAGGUAUGGACUACGCUAGUGUAUGA